AUGGAGCUUUCACAAGUUUUGGAGAAAACUUUUUCGUCAGAUUCGAAAGAUCAACAAUAUGCCCUCACCCUUUUGCAGCAGGCAAUGACAGGAAAUUUUGCUGAAUAUGUCAAACAACUUGCCUCAAUCCUCGCAAAUGUCGAUUCCCCUCAUUACAUUCGACGUGCUGCUGGACUUCAAUUAAAAAAUGUGUUAGCUUCUAGAGAACAAUCCUUUUUUGAUAAAAAUAAAUUGAGAUGGUUAUCUGUCCCUUUAGAAGUACGUCAAUAUGUGAAAGAAUGUGUUUUAAAAACGCUGGGAACUGAAGUUAGGCCUUCAACUGCUGCGCAAUGUGUUGCUGCUAUUUCUUGUAUUGAAUUUCCGAUAAGGCAAUGGCCAGAGCUUAUUGACCGUCUAAAUGCUAAUGUAACAACUAAAAGCGACAAUCCCUUAUUAAAAGAAUCCUCAUUGGAAGCUCUAGGCUAUAUCUGUCAAGAUUUAACGGACAAACAAAAAGUCGCCCCAGUUUUGGCAGCAAUCGUUUAUGCCCUCAAAACAGAAGAAACUUCAGUUUUUGUUAGUUUGGCAGCAACUAAAGCUUUGUCUGAAAUUGUUGAAUGGGUGGUUACUCGAACUUUGGAAGAACAUGUUGAUGCUAUUGUGGAUGUUUUAUGUGCUUAUUUGUAGGUAUUUUUUUUAUUGAUUGAUUUGGGAGUUUCUCUUUCGGGGGAAUAUUAAAAAAUUAUUGUUGGCUAGCUGGUUACCCUUAUCGGUUUUUGUCUCGGUUUGACUCCCCUCCAUCGCUCCCCCAGUUUUGUGGGAGGUGACAUUUGAUCCCCUAAAUAUUUCUUUGAUUUUUGAGUUCCUUUCUCGGUUUUUGUG